UUGUUAAGACAUCUUUUUGAGUUUCAGAUAGAUUUAUGUCUGAUCGCGCGAGAAUUCAGUUUUCGAAUCUUUUACAAGAUGUUGUUUACAAACAAAACAGCACCAAUUUCGAGCAGCUAUCGCCAGAUAAAAGUUUGAAUGAAAAUGAUCGGGGCCAUGUUAACUACCAAUUCAUUGACAUAGAAGGCAGAGGUCUUUCUAAGUUAUCGGAAUACGAAAAGAAGCUGGAAAGCGGAAGCUGUGUCGUGAAACUGUUUGAAAGAUUUGUCGAUCUCGAUAAAUUUAACGCGAAAAGUUCUCUUUACUCAAUUUGCAGAGAUUGGGUAAAUGAUUCGGAGCCAUUGCAUUCAUCCAACAAGGUAGAAUUGAAAGAAGCAGUCUAUAUACUACCCAAACCAAAUCAACAAGUCAAACUUCAAAAAGUUCCGUUAAACCUGAAACGCAAGACGAAAAUCAGUGGCGGAAAGAUAUCAAAAGAGAGAGUAGAAAAUGCGUUAAUGAACUCGGAAAGUAUUGAUUUUGAUAUCGUGAAGGGAGAAUGGGUGCAAACGAGAAUGAAAUGGCAGAGUAACAACAGGGAAAAUGAAAAGCGUUAUACGCACACAUACAACUAUUUGCGCAGUAUGUUUCUGACCUCUUGAUAUCCGAUGUUUUUUUGUUUAUUGCAUGGGAUGGCUGCUCAGUAAAGCGUGGUUCAUUUCAAAUUGGAUGAGAAAAUGACUUUUCAAGCCCAACUUGGAUAGAAUAAUAAGUUUUUUUUUGC